CAGCAAUAUCACCUGGAACAACAGAGAGUCUUGAAACUGAUAAAACAAAAAUACCAUCAGUUACAGGAGAACCAUCAGUUUCUCCUAUGUCAGAUGAGACACAAACAAGCUCAAUAACAGUGAUUCCAAGUUUGGCUUCUUCUAUAGCAUCUACUGUUCUGGACAUUGAAGGUGAAGAUAUAAGCCGGGAGCCUACAACGGUGGAGUCCAUUCCUUCCAUCAGUGGAUCAACUGUGAAAACUGAGACAGCAUCAUUCCUCAGUACCACAGAUACAGAGAGUUCUGGAGACCGCACCACUGACUUCACUGAGGAGUCAGUUAUCACAGCAACCACUCUCUCUUCUAUGUUGAGUACAGAGUCACCAUCAGUCACAACAUCACAUGGACCUGUAAUAAGUGAUACUCCAAAAACAGCUCGUCCAACAGCUUCAUCACUGUUUAGCACAGAGAAGCCAACAGCACUGCCAGUCGUGGGACAAGAAAGUGCUGUCACAGAUCAGACAGAAAAGACAUCAGUUUCUCCUCUUACUGAUGAGAAAGAAACAUCUUCUGUCAUCCCUACAGUAGAUGAAGAGGGUUCAGCUGACCACACUUCAGACAUGUUCACAUCCACUUCCUUUGUCACUGGUACGUUUUCAUCUUCACUCAACACUAUGGCCCCAACAGCAAUAUCACCUGGAACAACAGAGAGUCUUGAAACUGAUAAAACAAAAAUACCAUCAGUUACAGGAGAACCAUCAGUUUCUCCUAUGUCAGAUGAGACACAAACAAGCUCAGUAACAGUGAUUCCAAGUUUGGCUUCUUCUAUAGCAUCUACUGUUCCUGACACUGAGGAUAAAAGUAUUAGCAGUGAGACUACAAUGGUGCAGUCAGUUCCUUCCAUCAGUGGAUCAACCAUCAAACCUGAAACAUCAUCAUUAUCAUUUUUCACCACCACUGAUACUGAAGGUUCUGGAUACAGCAGUGUUGAUUUCACUGGAGAGUCCCUCAUUUCAAUAUCCACUGUGUCCUCAAUGUUUAGCACUGAGACUCCAUCAGUGACAGCAUCACAUGAAACUGAAACAAGUGUUACGUUAAAGGAAGCUGAUACUACAGCUUCAUCAACUUCCAGCACUGACAAACCAACAUCAGUGUCAAGUGAAACACAAGCAACUAUAACUACAAGUCAGAAAACAGAAGAAUCAGUAACACCAGUAACAAGUUCUACUUCUCCAACAGAUGAAGAGAGCUCAGGUGAUCGGACAACUGAUAUGGUCAGCAAAGACACUGUAGCUCCUACAGCUCCAUCACUGUUCAGCACAGAGAAACCAACAUUACUUCCAGAUGAGGAAAAAGCAAGUGCUGUCACAGAUCAGACAGAAAAGACAUCAGUUUCUCCUCUUACUGAUGAGACAGAAACAUCUUCUGUCAUCCCUACAGUGGAUGAAGAGGGUUCAGCUGACCACACUCCGGACAUAUUCACAUCCACCUCCUCUGUCAGUGGUACAUCUUCAUCUUUACUCAGCACUAUGGCCUCAACAGCAAUAUCACCUGGAACAACAGAGAGUCUUGAAACUGAUAAAACAAAAAUACCAUCAGUUACAGGAGAACCAUCAGUUUCUCCUGUCUCAGCUGAGACACAAACAAGCUCAAUAACAGUGAUUCCAAGUUUGGCUUCUUCUAUAGCAUCUAAUGUUCCUGACAUUGAAGGUGAAGAUAUAAGCCGGGAGCCUACAACGGUGGAGUCCAUUCCUUCCAUCAGUGGAUCAACUGUGAAAACUGAGACAGCAUCAUUCCUCAGUACCACAGAUACAGAGAGUUCUGGAGACCGCACCACUGACUUCACUGAGGAGUCAGUUAUCACAGCAACCACUCUCUCUUCUAUGUUGAGUACAGAGUCACCAUCAGUCACAACAUCACAUGAACCUGUAAUAAGUGAUACUCCAAAAACAGCUCGUCCAACAGCUUCAUCACUGUUUAGCACAGAGAAGCCAACAGCACUGCCAGUUGUGGGACAAGAAAGUGCUGUCACAGAUCAGACAGAAAAGACAUCAGUUUCUCCUCUUACUGAUGAGACAGAAACAUCUUCUGUCAUCCCUACAGUAGAUGAAGAGGGUUCAGCUGACCACUCUUCAGACAUGUUCACAUCCACUUCCUUUGUCACUGAUGAAGAGAGCUCGGGUGAUCGGACAACUGAUAUGGUCAGCAAAGACACUGCAGCUCCUACAGCUCCAUCACUGUUCAGCACAGAGAAACCAACAUUACUUCCAGAUGAGGAAAAAGCAAUGGAUGAAGAGGGUUCAGCUGACCACACUCCGGACAUAUUCACAUCCACCUCCUCUGUCAGUGCAUCUACUGUUCUGGACAUUGAAGGUGAAGAUAUAAGCCGGGAGCCUACAACGGUGGAGUCCAUUCCUUCCAUCAGUGGAUCAACUGUGAAAACUGAGACAGCAUCAUUCCUCAGUACCACAGAUACAGAGAGUUCUGGAGACCGCACCACUGACUUCACUGAGGAGUCAGUUAUCACAGCAACCACUCUCUCUUCUAUGUUGACAUCUACUGUUCUGGACAUUGAAGGUGAAGAUAUAAGCCGGGAGCCUACAAUGGUGGAGUCCAUUCCUUCCAUCAGUGGAUCAACUGUGAAAACUGAGACAGCAUCAUUCCUCAGUACCACAGAUACAGAGAGUUCUGGAGACUGCACCACUGACUUCACUGAGGAGUCAGUUAUCACAGCAACCACUCUCUCUUCUAUGUUGACAUCUACUGUUCUGGACAUUGAAGGUGAAGAUAUAAGCCGGGAGCCUACAACGGUGGAGUCCAUUCCUUCCAUCAGUGGAUCGACUGUGAAAACUGAGACAGCAUCAUUCCUCAGUACCACAGAUACAGAGAGUUCUGGAGACCGCACCACUGACUUCACUGAGGACUCGUCCAACAGCUUCAUCACUGUUUAG